AUGAGGGCCGAGGGCGCCGGCGGCCUGGAGCGCUUCUGCAGCCCGGGCAAGGGCCGGGGGCUGCGGGCGCUGCGGCCCUUCCGGGUGGGGGAGCUGCUCUUCUCCUGCCCGGCCUACGCCUGCGUGCUCGCGGUCGGCGAGCGGGGCAACCACUGCGAGCAGUGUUUCGCCAGGAAAGAAGGACUGUCCAAGUGCGGACGAUGCAAGCAGGCGUUUUACUGCAAUGCGGAGUGUCAGAGGGCAGACUGGCCCCUGCACCGCCUGGAAUGUGCUCCCAUGGUGGUUUUUGGGGAGAACUGGAAUCCCUCAGAGACUGUCAGGCUGACAGCAAGGAUCCUGGCCAAGCAGAAGAGCCACCCAGAGCGGACGCCUUCAGAGAAGCUGCUGGCUGUGAAGGAGUUUGAAUCACAUCUGGACAAGUUAGACAAUGAGAAGAAGGACUUGAUUCAGAGCGACAUCGCUGCCCUCCAUCACUUUUACUCCAAGCACCUGGAGUUCCCCGACAACGGGAGUCUAGUGGUGCUCUUUGCCCAGGUGAACUGUAACGGCUUCACAAUUGAAGAUGAAGAACUUUCUCAUUUGGGAUCAGCAAUAUUUCCCGACGUCGCCCUGAUGAACCAUAGCUGCUGCCCCAACGUCAUUGUCACCUACAAGGGGACCCUGGCAGAAGUGCGAGCGGUUCAGGACAUCGGUCCUGGAGAGGAGAUUUUCACCAGCUACAUCGACCUCCUGUACCCCACAGAGGACAGGAAUGACCGCCUCCGGGACGCCUACUUCUUCACCUGCCAGUGCCGGGAAUGCACCUCCAGAGACAAGGAUAAGGCCAAGGUGGAAAUCCGGAAGCUCAAUGACCCACCGAAGGCAGAGACUGUCCGGGAUAUGGUCCGCUACGCCCGCAACGUCAUUGAGGAGUUCCGGAGGGCCAAGCACUACAAAUCCCCCAGCGAGCUGCUGGAGAUCUGCGAGCUCAGCCAGGAGAAGAUGAGCUCGGUGUUCGAGGACAGUAACGUAUACGUGCUGCACAUGAUGUACCAGGCCAUGGGCGUGUGCCUGUACCUGCAGGACUGGGAGGGUGCCCUGCGCUAUGGCCAGAAGAUCAUCAAGCCCUACAGCAAGCACUACCCUCUGUACUCCCUCAACGUGGCCUCCAUGUGGCUCAAGCUGGGCAGGCUGUACAUGGGUUUGGAGAACAGGUCAGCUGGAGAGAAGGCCCUCAAGAAGGCCAUCGCCAUCAUGGAGGUUGUGCACGGCAAAGACCACCCCUACAUCUCCGAGAUCAGGCAGGAGAUUGAAAGCCACUGACCCGGGGCGGCGUGGGCUGAGGUGUGGACGCCGCCGCCAUGUGGAUGCCGCCGCCAUGUGGAUGCUGCCACGGAGGCUCUGGCUUGUCCAGCACAGCUGGCCCUUGACCUUCCUUCACUUGCCUGGAUGCUUUUCCUCCCCUGAGUGCUAAGGGCCUGGUUUCCUGUCAUAAAGCUCGGGCAGACUGAGUUUAGAGAAUAAUUUCCCCCAUGCCUGUUGGAUAUUAUGAUGAAACCGAUGGCAGCGAAUAAAAAAAAAAGAGCA